CUAGCGUUGAUUUCGAGAAGUGUAAUGUGGAGGUCGUGAGAAAUGGAGGGUACAAUUAAACAAGAUUUACCCCCAGAAGGGGGUUAUAAACGCAUUAUUUUCCAUAGAAUACCACCCAAAAAGUACUUUAGUGGUUAUACUAUGUUUGCUGGAUAUCUUGGAAUAACAGCAUUUUCAUCAUAUUUUGUUUGGUUGGAUUUGAAAAGGCAAAGGCGACUAAAAGUCGAAAAUUGUGACGUGAAGGUAGCAUUGGAACCUUUACUCUUAGCCGAAAGAGACCGAAUGUAUCUUAAACAGUUACGUAAGAACAGAGAAGAGGAAGCGGAACUAAUGAAAGAUGUUCCCGGGUGGAAAGUGGGAACGUAUUAUGGUGAACCCCUCUACAAAACUAUAUCAAAAGACACGUUUAUGGAUCCAAUUCGUAACGAAUACUACGCUCACGCUAAUAAGUUGUAUUUGUGGGAAAGCGCUUACAUUUCUGCUCUCUACUAAGUAAUAGUGUAGAAAUAUUUGGCAAGAAUUAGAAAUUAUUGUAGGUUAUUUUAAAUUAAAUAUCCAAGAUAUAUAUGUAAUAUUUUGUAGAAUGAAAAGAACUUAAAAUCUUGGCAAUAAAUUUUUCUUUUGUUCUA